AUGUCAACUAUUGUUGGUAACAUAUAUCCUGAUGAAUUAAUUGGGCUUCUUUGUGAGGAGCUAGCUUAUAACAAAGGCAGCGUACCAUUUUCCAAGCUUUGGGAAUUAGUUGCUAAUAUCAUGAAUUUAUCUAAUAAGAAGAUUAAGCAAUUUGUCUUUCAAUGCUUAGUAUCGUGUGAAGAUAUCCGACUUUGCCAUGAUAGUUCCGAAGAAGUAAGAGACUAUAACACAGUAGUUUCGAAUCCAUCCGCAUACCAUAUUGUACUCGAUGAAGAUAGACUUUGGAAAAUCCUAACAGGCUAUAUUAAAAAGGAAUCUACGAUCGGAAACUUUGCUUUUGCUCUAUUGUUAGAAAUUGCCAAAUCGAAGGAAAAUGGUGUCAAUACCAUUGAUUUAGCCCAAGCUACUAAUCAAGAUUCUAGGAGUAUCACAGGACGUCUGAAAAAACUAGCCCACUUAGUUGUUGGGACACAGAUAGUUUAUAAAGGGCAUGUGGUGAAAUUACUUAAACUUAAAAAAUUUGUUAAAGGUUCCGAAAGAUCAUAUGUUAACAUGAGAGAUCAUCUAGCUACAAUUGUUAAGAUAGUGAAAGAAUCAAAAAAUGGGCUGCGGCAAGUGACUGACUUGAAGCGGGAACUUGGAUUUGAUAAAGCAAAAAGACAAUCAAAGGCAUUUACUGCUGCAAUCUCAUGGUUGGAUGAAAAGCAAUACUUGAAGAAAGUGCUGGUGGUGUCGCCUAAUAAUACUGCCAUAAAAAUAAAAUGUGUGAAGUAUCAACGUGAUUACGAUGGAAUGAGAAACUCAAAUGCAUUUGACGAUGAUAAUGAAAGCUCUGAUGAGGAUCCUGGUGAUAAAAGUGGGCUUGACGAUGAGGAUGACGAAGAUAUUGUGGAAGGAUUGGAACACUUGAGUACUGGCACCUUAUUGCAGGAACCUGGUUUAAUUUUAGAAGAGAAUCUAAGCGCAGACAAGGAUUUUCCAUUGCUUAAUAGAUUUUAUCCAAUUCAGAAUCAAACUUACGAUUUGGCAGAAAAAUCUGAUUUAAGUGGUGCAUCAACCAUAGAAGUUGUGAAUAAAAUAACUGGAAAAGAGUACAAAAGGGCGUUUACGAAAUACAGUGAAUAUUACUUAGACUCAGCAGGGAAAACAUCACAGGAUUCCUCAGGCUUCAAUAUCAUUCGUGUUUACGACUUCGAUGGAAAAAAGAAAUUUUUCCGUUUGUUUACAGAAACUAACUAUAAAAGGUUAACAGGCUCAUCAUCUGGGAUGAGCGGCUUUAAGAAAAGAGAUGAAAUUGCUCAAAAGGAUGAUUUGUCAACUUUGAACCGGAAAAAUUUUGUUGCUCUAAGUAAUACUUUGCAUUUUACAACUGAUCAUAGUGGCAUCCACACCUUUUUUUGGAAUGGUGAAAUCAAAGGGUUGAAGAAGAAUAAUGGUCUGCCAAAAGAGAAAAAACGGCGUCAGUCAUUGGUAGAAAGAGAUUCUAAUAUUGACGUUAGCGAGAAAAACCUGGUGAAGAGGAAAAAGAUGGCUGAGAGAAACAAUACUAUGUAUCCUACUUUGAUUCACAUGGAUGCUAUUGACCCAACUAUUUCUCGAGAACAGUCACAAGAAGAACAAGUAAAGCCUGAAAUUAUCACGAUUGGCGGCUUUUCAGCGGCUUCAUUAAGAUCAUUAAAACGGCAGAAGGCAAUAAUCGAGGUAUUGAAAAGACAAGGAGGAGUCACUUACCUAAAAGAACAAUUUUUUGAAAAUUUGUCGAAAUAUAUGGAAUCAAAUACCCAAGUAGACAAGAAGACAGCUCGCCGAGAUGUAGAUCUGAUGGUAGCUAGUGGUAAACUUUUGGAUAGAGUUGAUCCUGUUACGAAACGAAGAAUUGUUUUCCUUCCUGAAGUAGAUGAUGCAACCAUAACAAACUACGUUGUCAAUGAAAAAGACCAUAAAAAAGAACACUUUACGGAUAUUAUUCACAAUACAGACAUAUAUUUCUUCGAUCAGACUGAAAAGAAUAGGUUCCACAGAGGUGCGAAAUCGGCAGAAAGGAUCCGGAAAUUUCAGAAAGGCACAAAAAAUAAGAAAGAAACAGUUGAUCGCACUAAGAAAGCAGAUGUUGUUGCGUCGAAUAGAUCAAUAUCGAAGCCAAGAAAGGACCCCACUAAGGAAAGGUCUAAAAAGGCGGCAUUUAAAGCAUCUAAGAAGCAAUCGAGAGAACUUGAAACGUUUUUCCACCUCGGUACGAAAGCUGGACUACAAGCUUUAAUUAUGUGCGUAGUGAUUACGAAAAGUAUUACAAAUGAAAUCAAAUGGGAUCUGAUUACGAGGCUAUUUCCACAUAAUUCUUUAGAUAAUCUUAAAAAGCAGUGGACCAUUCGGAGGGUAAGGAUGGGAAGCAUUGGCUGGAAAGUUCACGUAGAGAAAUGGAAGAAAGUUCUUGUAAAGGGUAUUAAGGAUGGGCUCAUUACAUUAGAGGAAGCAGAACAGUUAGACCUUCCGAAAUUAAUUACUUUAUGGAACUCCUUCAAGGAAGAUAGAGGAAAGACUUCGAUUUCAUUGUACAAAGCUUACGAAGAUAAUAAGAGAAAUAUUUCUUUAGUACGUGAAGACGAUGAUAAGAUGUCUCCUGCCGGACUAAUGAUGUCCUCCAUGGUUCAGAGAGAAAUGGCCUCACUAAAUAACACAUAUGCUUUUGAUACAGACAAGCCGUCUAUUAAAGAACUGAUUGCUAAUGAUACACGAGGGAAAAUUAGAGCAGUUAUACGGUCCAUAUUGGUGGAAAAUGUUUCUAUAACCAAAGAAAGAAUUGAAGCUUUAGAAAAUGUUACGAAUGAUGAGGUUGAUAGAGUGGUUAUGGACAUGGCUAAAGAGAAACAACUUUAUCUUCAUGGAUCGAAGUUAGAAGCGACAAGUAUAGCAGAAGAAUUCUCUAACUCUAAAGGAAGAACAUCAAACUUCGAGCAAUCUGCGACAUACUAUAAGAGAAUAUUAGCGGUGUUUGAAGGAAGUAACGGGUUGGUUAUGAAUACAGAGACGGCUGACACUUCGACAUGGUCUUUGAUUGACCUUAUUUCUCGGAAAUCGGUUAAUAUGGAUAUAAUUCCAAUGCAAAAAGAUAGUCACAGGCUAAAUUACGUGACAAGACGUUUCGAAAUUGGCUCUUUGACUCCCCCUUUGAUUAUCUAUCCAAAGAACAGAUUAGAAAGCUACAAGAAUGGAAAGAAUAUUUCGAUUCCUGCUGGGAAACCAUUUUCAAGGCUAUGGAUUGACUCAACUGGAGAGAUUAGGACUAACUUAUGGAAGAAACAACUGAGUUCAGUUCUUUUCGAGAUUUUAUUUUCGCCUGGCAUUACUCUUACUUCUUUACAAAAAACCUGUAGCGGUUCUGUUUCAUUGCUUGAAGCAUCAGAAAUUUGCGACUGGUUAUUUCAGAAAGAGCUUUUAGCAAAAACAUCUUACGGUGGUUUCAAAGUUACAUCGAAUUGGUAUUCAUUGUUUCUUUAA